AUGAAGACCCUUUUCCCACUGGCUCUCUUUUUGAUGUUUUUUAGUUCUCCAGGUUGGGCAAAAAUUAGAAAAUACUACUUAGCUAUUGAAGAACACUAUUGGAACUUUGUUCCUACUGGUAAAAAUAUGCUUAAUGGAAAGCUUAUUUCAGAAGAUCAAGGUUUUCAGUCACAAAAUCGGAUAGGAACUGUUUAUAAAAAGGCUUUAUAUUUUCAGUAUACUGAUAAUACAUUUCAAACAAUGAUUAAAAAGCCAUCAUGGUUGGGAAAUUUAGGCCCAGUACUGAAGGCAGAGACUGGAGAUUAUAUUCAUGUACAUGUGAAAAAUAAUGCUUCAAGAAUGUUCACUUUCCAUCCUCAUGGACUCACUUACACUAAAGAAAAUGAGGGUGCGCUCUAUCCUGAUAAUACUACGGGCCUGCAAAAGAAAGAUGACCAUCUGCAGCCAGGAGAACAGUAUAUUUACAAGUGGUAUGUGCAAGAAAAUCAGGGGCCUGGCCCCGAUGACAGUAACUGUGUGACAAGGAUUUACCACUCCCACAUAGACACUCUAAAAGAUGUGGCUUCGGGACUCAUUGGAAUUAUUCUGACGUGUAAAAGAGGGACAUUGGAUGGAAACAAUGAAAAAAAUAUUGACAAGACUUUUAUUCUGUUGUUGUCUAUAACUGAUGAAAAUGCAAGCUGGUAUAUCGAUGACAAUAUUAAAAGAUUUACUGAUCCUGGCAAAGUUAACAAAAGUGAUGAUGGCUUUAUGAAGAGCAAUCAAAUACAUUCUAUAAAUGGGUAUAUGUAUGGAAAUCUGCCCAAUCUCACUAUGUGUGCAGGAGACAGAGUCCACUGGCAUUUUGUUGGCAUGGGUGGUGUAUUGGACGUACACCCCAUAUAUCUCCAUGGACAAACUCUGAUCUCUCGGAAUCACAGAAAAGACACCAUCACUCUCCUACCAGCCUCACUGGAAGAUGCCAUCAUGGUAGCCAAAGGCCCAGGGGAGUGGAUGCUGGGCUGCCAGAUUUAUGAGGCUAUGCAGGCCUUUUUCAAUGUAACAAAUUGCCAAAAACCUUCAACAUAUGUUUCUGGGACACAUGUUGUAUAUUACUAUAUUGCUGCUGAAGAAAUUCUAUGGAACUAUGGCCCUUCUGGUAUAGAUUUCUUCACUGGAAAAAAUCUAACAGCACCUGGAAGUGAAUCUCAGCCAUAUUUUGAACAAAGCAGCACCAGAAUUGGAGGAACUUACAAAAAACUAGUUUACCGUGAAUACACAGAUGCUUCCUUCCAAAUACAGAAGGCAAGAGAAGAACACCUAGGAGUCCUUGGGCCUGUCAUGAAGGCAGAGGUGGGACAAACCAUGAAGGUCACUUUCUAUAACAAUGCUUCCCUGCCGCUCAGCAUUCAGCCUCAUGGGUUGCAAUACAACAAGAGCAAUGAGGGUUCGUUCUACAAAACAUGGGGUGUAGGUACUCCUGCACCAUCCUCACAUGUUGGUCCUGGUAACAUAUUUGUCUACACAUGGGAAGUUCCAGAAGAUGUGGGUCCCACCUCCACAGAUCCCAAUUGCUUGACCUGGUUUUACUACUCCUCAGUGAAUAAGGAAAAAGACACCAACAGUGGCCUUGUAGGGCCUCUCCUGGUGUGCAGAAGUGGAGGUCUUGGAGAGGAUGGCAAACAGAAAGGAAUAGACAAAGAAUUUUACCUGCUUGCUACAAUAUUUGAUGAAAAUAAAAGUAAUCUCUUGGAUGAAAAUAUCAGAAUAUUUACCACAGACCCUGAAAACGUGAUUAAAAACAGCACAGAAUUCCAGAACUCGAACUUGAUGCACUCCUUAAAUGGAUACAUGUACGGAAAUCUGCCCGGACUGGAUAUGUGCUUAGGAGACAAUGUUUCAUGGCAUGUUUUGAGUGCAGGAACAGAGAAAGAUAUACACGGGAUAUAUUUUUCAGGAAAUACCUUCAUUGCCUUAGGGGCAAGGAUGGACACUAUAGCUCUGUUUCCACACAUCUCUAAGACGCUUUAUAUGAUACCUGAUUCCACAGGAAUAUUUAAUGUGGUUUGCAUGACAACAGAACACUACAUAGGAGGCAUGAAACAUAAAUACCGAGUGAAGCAGUGUCCCAACUCAACCCUUGAUCAAAUCACCUACGAAGAGGAAAAAACAUUCUACAUUGCAGCUGAGGAAAUCAUAUGGGAUUUUUGUCCUAGCAGGAAGUGGGAGAGAGAACUGCACCAUUUACAAAGAGAAAACAAAACAGUCAUAUUUGUGGAUAGAAUUAAGACAUAUCUUGGAUCCAAAUACAAGAAAAUUGUAUAUCGUCAAUAUGAUGAUGCCACAUUUACAAAUAAAACAAAAAGAAAUGAGGAAGACAAACAUCUGGAUAUACUAGGUCCAUUAAUACUUGCCAACCCUGGUGAAAAAAUCCGAAUUGUCUUUAAAAAUGAAGGCUCACGGCCAUAUUCUAUUCAUGCUCAUGGAGUUAAAACAAACUCUUCUACUGUUGUUCCAACACAACCAGGAGAAAUCCAAACAUACAUCUGGCAGAUCCCUGAGAGGGCUGGUCCUACCUCAGAGGACUUUGAGUGCAUUCCUUGGUUUUAUUAUUCAACUGUGGACUUGGUUAAGGAUCUGAACAGCGGACUGGUAGGCCCUCUGAUCGUAUGUCGCAACAACACCAAUUCCACCAUAGUUCAUCGUGUUAUCCUCUUCAUGAUUUUUGAUGAGAACAGAUCCUGGUUCUUUGAUGAAAAUAUCAAUACCUAUUCUCCUGACCCAAGCAACAUCAACAGGGAAGACGGGGAGUUUAUACUCAGCAACCAAAUGCACGCAAUUAAUGGAAGACUGUUUGGAAAUAACCAAGGUCUGGAGCUGUACGCUGGAGAUGAGGUGAAUUGGUAUCUGAUUAGCAUAGGGAGUGAAAUUGACCUGCACUUGAUACAUUUUCACGGACACAGCGUGGAAUACAAGGAUUCGGGAUUAUAUCGCUCUGAUGAUUAUCCUCUUCCCCCUGGAGUCUAUCAAACUGUAAAGAUGUUCCCAAGAGAUGUUGGAAUCUGGUUAUUUCAUUGCCAUGUUAGUGUUCACAUUGGCGCUGGAAUGGAGAGCACUUACACAGUACUUCCAAGAAAAGCCAACGUAACCAUGACAUGAAUAUUGACAAGCCCACAAGCAGAGCUAAAGCUGCUGAAGAAGAAAAACUCCAA